CCAUCUAGGCUUCCAAAAUUGAGAAUUUGGUAGAACUUCGACUUCAACCUCCUCGUAAGGCACGGAGACGACCGUAAGAAAAUGAGUUCGUCCAGUGCAGCAGUACGAGAGCUACAGCGAGAACUGGAGACCAAAGCCAACGAUCUCAGUAAAAUCCAGAAAGACAUCUCGAAGAAUCACCAAGUCAGAAAGAAGUACACAAUCCAGCUCGGCGAAAACGAGCUCGUCCUCAAGGAGCUGGAUCUGUUGAAUGAAGAUGCAAAUGUGUACAAAUUGAUCGGACCGGUACUUGUGAAGCAGGACUUGGCGGAGGCCAAAGCCAAUGUCCACAAGCGAAUUGACUACAUAUCUGCUGAAUUGAAGCGUAUGGAUGCAGCUUUACAAGACCUAGAAGCAAAGCAAAAUAGCAAGAAAGACGUGAUUUUAAAAUUGCAGCAAAAAAUUCAAUCUCUCCAGGCUGGAAAAGCGAAGGCAUAAUUUUCGCCGUUGGUCUUUCAGUUUCCACCUCUAGUUAAUACCAGCGUUUGAUCUUUAGGUAGUCUACUUCUGUUUUCAAGUAAAAAAACUGUUCCGAUUAACAAACCCCCCAACAUAUAGUGUUUUCCAAUUGCUCCAAGAUUUGGAGUUUCGGUUUUAAUCUUUUUCUCCUUUAGUCAUGAUAACUGAAGUUGCCAAUGAAGUAUUUAUAUACAUGCAUUUAGAGAUGUGCACACAUUGAAGUAUGUUACAAUAUGAUGAUUGAAGGAAGCUUGGGUUCCAAA